CGCAAACCUGACUUCCUACACAGCACAACUAGUUAACUGCACCCCGCUUCCUGUUAGCAGCUCUUUGGAUUUACGUGACUGUCGUUCGCUCCUCAGCACCUCGAACAUGUCGGUAGUGAGUUGAUAUACGUUUUAAAAUAAUGGGGAGUCACAACUUUAUAUGUUAAAAGUAGUUUUUAGCUAGCAAUAGCGACUUUAAAGUCAGAGCCCGCCCGUUUGUGCGCCUUAAACAAAACGUCAAGCUAAGCUAAAUGGAUUAUUGAGCUGUUUAAGAUGUCGUGGUUUAAUUAUGUCAGUCAAAGCUCAAGUCAACACCAGCCCACUGAUAAUCAAGGAAUUGCAGGCAUCCUGUGUAGUUCUCCCAACCCAGUGUUCACGUCCCCUGCGGGUUUCCCUUCUCCCAGCUUGGGUGAAUUUCCCCCAGCUCCUCAAGGUGUAGUCAGCCCUCCCAGCCUUGAGAAGCUGUCCUGCGCUUCUCCGAGUGCAGGUCAAGUUAGAGAGCCCGAACCCAUCUCCUACGUAACCUUCCAGGAGCAGCGGUGUGUCCUGAGCUGGUUCCAGAGCUGGACUGCCGUUCAGAGGGAGCGGUUUCUCCAGGACCUUCUGGGGAAAGCUGUGCCGGGGAAAGUGUGCACCCUCCUAGACUCACUCAGCACUCUCCAGGUUAAAGACAAACUUCCAAACAUCUUUGAAUGCCAGCUCCGCCUGUGGACGCAGUGGUUUGAGUCUUGGGGAGAAGAGGAGAGGAAUCAUUUUCUACACAUGCUGGAAGAGCGGGACCCGGAUUUUGUUACCCACUUUUACAGGAGUGUAGCGGGUACAGCAGGAAGAGACUGAGCAAUGUUUGCAUUGUGAUAGAAAAGCGAGUAAUAAAGAGGUGAUGUGUGGUGUAGAAAACACAUUCUCUGAGUCUCUUUGUAGAAAAUAGAGCCUUCUUGUACAUAGUAGUGUUCGUAUACGUUUUGUAAGUAGAGUUCUGCAUGCCUGCUCCGCCGGGUUUUUUGUUUUAUAAAAGUUUCAUUGAUUUGUAAAUAAACAGGUUUAACAUCUAGCUGUUGGUUAACAUCUAAACAGGCUUAGCUCUUCUGUGAGGCAAUUAACACAUCGGGAAUAACAUGGACAAGAGACUUUUUUUUAAUAACGAGAAUAAACAAAAUAUUUUAGUAAUUAAUUUUAUUUAUAGGCACCUGUCGAGACACUCAGGGACGCCUUACAUAGAAUCAAAUAUCAAAAUCACAGUAUUGAUAAAAAUAACAGCUGGUAAAAACCAUGGAGUUACCGAUAAAAGCAUGAUUCAAAUCAAAGAGAAUAGGCAGACUUAAGGUUGGCUUUAAAGACAGGGAGAGAAUGUUGCAAGCAUGGUAUAUUUGUUUUACUGUCUGAAGCAUUUAAUAGCAACAAUAGCAGAAAUAUGUGCGACUUAUUCUUCAGUUAUUAUUUUAUUACUCAUAUGCUCAAUGUCACACAUUUUGACAUGGGUGCGGACAAAACUUCUCGUGACCCUUAUUUUAUCCAGUCAGUUGCUCCAGGAGUAAUUAAAACUAUUGGAUUUGGAGCACUGCCAUCUUCUACACAGAAAUUGACAAAUGGAUAAAUUUUUCCUGUGAAGCGCUGACCUACAAAA